AUGGUGGCGACAGCUUACCACCCCAAGACCAAUGGGCAAGCCGAGGUAUCCAAUAGGGAGAUCAAGCGCAUAUUGGAGAAGAUUGUGAAGCCUCACAGGAAGGACUGGAGUACUAGACUAGCAAAUGCGCUUUGGGCUUAUAGGACUGCAUACAAGACACCCAUCGGAAUGAGUCCAUUCCGCCUCAUUUACAGGAAGGCUUGUCAUCUUCCAGUGGAGGUGGAACACAAGGAUGGCUACCAGGAAGGGAAAAGAGAAAGCUUCGGACAGAGCACUGGCGAGGCAUGGAUUAAAAGAGCACCAGCUAAGGAACCACCCUCCACAAUAGUCAAACCACCUACUAAGAGGGCGAAGAGGAUCAUCUGA